GCGACGCGAUGGAUCCCACCGAGAGUCCAGGAAAACCCCUAAAAUCCUAUGUGCGACGCUCUGCCCUGUUUGAGAAUGUGGCCAACGUGACCGCCGGUGACAUGUCCUGCAGCGAUGUGUCCGACAUUGAGCUGCAGGAUGUGCCCGCUACUUUGGAAGCCACCCUCAAACCGCGGCCCUACGAAGCCAGCACUUUGUUCAACAUCGACCUGGACGAAAUCUGGGGACCCAGCACGCAGGAGGAUGAGGUGCAGCAGUACAAGAAGCGCGCCCAGGGGGAGCAGCAGAAGUUCGUGGACUUUGUGAUGCAGGCGUAUCUGAACAUGGAUAGCCAGAAUGUGAGCUACCAGCCCAGCAAGGAGCAGCAGCGCUACCUCGACCAGGGCCCCAAUUUACAGAACUUCGUGCGAGGCUCCUUGGCCUUCACAAAUGCCGCCAUCCGAUUCCAGGCGGAGCACGAGGACAUGAUGGAGCUGCAGAGCAGCCUGGAGGAUCAGUACCAGUUCAUGCGGAACACUUUGAUCAACAAUGCUACUCACCAGAAUCUGGCCGGCCCACGAUGAUAACGCAUGUAUCUUAGUGGAGAAUACGGAAUCCAUAGAGCUAUGUACAUUAUAAGUGAAUAAGUCCAUAAAAGUCAACACUAAUUUAAGCUAAAAUGAGGUAAACCUUAGGCCUCCAAAUGAUAACCCAUUAAUCAAAAUGUUAUCUAUAUCCA